AUGUCCGACCAGAACAACUUCCUCCGUCUCACGCCCGAGAGGCAGCACCGCCGUCCAUCCACCUUCCUCACCCUCGCACCGUCCACGUCCUCCUCCUACCCGAGGAUGGCCAAGAGCCGCGUCAGCAGCCGAAAGGAGUCCAUCGACUCCGAGACCUCCGUCGCCUCUCCCGACUCCGUCACCUCGUCCCCUCCCCCCGUCACCGCGUCGCGACCUGGCCCGUCCGCGGCCGCCAUGGCCUCCGCCGCCGCUCACGCCCGUCGCAGGUCGAGCACCGCCACCGACGUCAGGGGUGAGGUCAGGAUGCUCAAGCUCGGACCUGUUCACUGGGGAGAGCAUCUGGGCGAUCACAAGGAGGAUUUCUGCGAGAUGUAA